UUUUGGUACAACUUCGAUUCAUGGAGGGAAUUCUCAUACCUCGAUGAGGAGGAAAAGGAUAAGGCUGAGUGUCGAGACGAGAGGCGGUGGAUCGAAAAGCAGAAUCGAGGUUCCAGGGCCGUGAGGAAGAAGGAGGAGAUGAACAGAAUGCGAAACCUAGUUGAUUCUGCUUACAGCCUUGACCCGAGAAUAAAGAAAUUCAAAGAUGAGGAGAAAGCCAGGAAGGAGGCUGAGAAAAAGGCCAAAGUGGAAGCCAAGAAGAGAGAGCAGGAGGAGAAGGAGCGGGCCCGGCAGGCGGAGAUAGAUGCGGCUCGUUUGGCGAAGGAGAAGGAGGAAGAGGAGGCCAGGCAGGUGGCUCAGCUGGCCAAGAAGGAGAAGGAGAUCCAGAAGAAGGCCAUCAAGAAGGAGAGGCAGAAACUCAGGACUUCCUGCAAGACCUGGAAUUACUUCACUGAGGAGGAAUCUGACAGUGUGAAGAUGAUGGAGGAGGUGGAGAAGCUCUGUGAUCGCCUGGAGCUCACCAGCCUGCAGUCCCUGAAUGAGAUCCUGGCCCUGGGCUCCAGAGAGGACAGCAAGGUGGCCGUGGUGAAGCAGUCAACUGUGCAACUUUUGCCCUCUGUCGUUUGA